GACAAUUGACGUUAUAAACGUCAAAACUUAAAAACAUAUUUACUAUUUUAUUUCGAUACAUGUACAUAAUUAAAUUAUUUAUUAUGGAUAUUACCACAAAAUGCUAAUUAUAAAUAAAAAGUCAUAUUUAUCAAUUAUUUUAACAGUUUUAAGACCAUAUUUUGUUGUCUCUCAAGCUAAUAUGUCUUCCGGAACUUUAGACACUGAUAAAUAUUCAGUUGCAUAUGUGACUGUACCAACUAUAGAAGUAGGUAAGACCAUUGGCCAUGGAUUGGUGAAGAACAAACUUGCAGCAUGUGUGAACAUUAUACCACAAGUCACUUCUAUAUAUGAAUGGAAAAAUGAAAUCAAUGAAGAUAGUGAGUUACUGUUGAUGAUUAAAACUCGCACAUCAGUAGUUGACAAGCUCACUGAGUAUGUACGCUCCAACCACCCAUACGAAGUUUGCGAAGUCAUAUCUCUACCAAUCAAGAAUGGGAACCCUCCAUAUUUGAAAUGGAUCGGUGAAACGGUACCAGAAACUUAAGAUAAACUCUAAAAUAAAAAAAUGAAGUACAUUUGUUCAGUUAAGUCCAGAUUUAUUUUAAGUAGAUGAAUAAAUUUUAAUAUU